UGGACGGACUGGCCCGCAGCAGCUUGUCCUCGCCGCCCUCCGCUUUGCAGCGGGAAGCUCCCAGGCGCUGGAGGGGCCCUGGCUUCCCGCUGGGUGGCGCGCGCUGAGGGACCGCCGCCGCCUAGCUCCGGGUGCAGGGGAGCCAGGGGCCCGGCCAGCUGUGCUGAAGCUGCAGGCGCCGGCCAGGGACCCUCGGGCGCAGCUGUACUAGGCGUCCCAGCGUGAUUUUUCUUCCCGGUUUGUGUUAAAAUGAGUUCAGAUUUUGAAAACUAAACUGGCAUAAAAAGACAAAAGAAGCUAAAGUCUUGUUCAGAAAGUAGCUUUGAGGUAAUUCAGUGGCAAUGGCUAAAGAUAAGAAGAAAGAUGGCAAAAAAACAGAAAAGGUGGCACCUGCCCCUGCUCCUGAGACUUCAUUUGAAGAUAGUUUUUCCAAGCUGUCAUGUGUCCAGACAUCAUUGAAUCAAGCAGAGGAAGCACAAGCAAGCCCUUUAGAACCCCAAGAAGAACCAAAAGAGGUGGAAGAACCUAAGAUCCAAGAAGCAGUUCAGAUUUAUGAAGAGCCUAUUCUCACCCAACUGAUUGUAGAAAACUAUGAAGGAGAAAAAGUCCAUGGAUUAUAUGAAGGGGAAGGUGUGGCAUAUUUUCAGGGAGGAAAUAUAUACAGAGGCAUGUUUUCCGAAGGACUCAUGCAUGGACACGGGACUUAUAUAUGGGCUGAUGGAGUGAAGUAUGAGGGGAACUUUGUUAAGAAUGUGCAGAUGUAUAACGGCAGUUACACAUGGCCUGAUGGCAGCACGUAUGAAGGAGAAGUGAAGAAUGGAAUCAGGCAUGGCUUUGGCAAGUUCAAGUUUGGCACCCAUCCAGUUUCAUACAUUGGCCAAUGGUGUGAAGGCAAAAGACAUGGAAAGGGUAACAUUUAUUAUAACCAGGAAGGUACUUCCUGGUAUGAAGGUGACUUGGUAAACAACGUCAAAGAUGGCUGGGGGAUAAGAUGUUAUAAAUCUGGAAAUAUCUAUGAAGGUCAAUGGGGAAAAAAUGUGCGCCACGGGGAAGGAAGGAUGAGGUGGCUAACAACUAACCAGGAGUACACUGGGAAGUGGGUAAAUGGAAUCCAGCAUGGGUAUGGUACCCACACUUGGUUUCUGAAGAGAAUACCUGAGUCUCAGUAUCCUUUGAGGAAUGAAUAUGUAGGGGAUUUUGUAAAUGGGGAUCGUCAUGGACAUGGAAGGUUCUUCUAUUCCAGUGGAGCAAUGUAUGAUGGAGAAUGGGUUUGCAAUAAAAAACAUGGUUUUGGGAGAUUUGUCUUCAAGAAUGGACAUAUUUAUGAAGGAGAGUUUAUAAAUGAUCAAAUAGCAGAGUAUCCAGCUUUUCAAGUGGAUGCAAUGAAUACUCAGGAUCUGAGUGGCAUUCGCACACAAAGUCCCUUUGGCACCGAAGCCAUCAGAAUAGUUGAUGGUCCAGGAAAUACCUCUUUAUUGGGAUCAGACAUUGAAUUAGACAUAUCUUCAUUGCUGAACUUGUUUCCAGAGAAAGACAGACAGGAAGAAAUGAAACAGGUAGAAUAUGUGGUAUUGAGACACAUUACAGUACUGAGAAGACUCUACUGUUUGUACAGCGGUUUAGGUUCUGAUCCAUCUCUUGAUAACACCUUCCUGAUGACUAAGCUCCAGUUCUGGAAAUUUCUAAAGGAUUGCAGGUUUCAUCAUUACAAUGUAACCCUUGCUGAGAUGGACAGGAUACUGAAUGAAGGUAAAACAACGCCCGAGGAAAUGCAUUCUCCAUAUGAGACUUUGCUGCUAAGAACAUUUUUGACAUACCUUAUUCAUCUAGCAGUCCACAUCUAUCACAAAGAACACAAAGAUAAAGGUCCCUAUCUGUUUAAGUGCUUCUCAGCAAUGAUGAUGAAGAACAUUAUUCCCAAUAGCUCUCGUGUACAAGGCAUUAUAUUCUAUGAACGACAAGCCAUCUGUGCUAUUAAUUACAUUGAUAAAUGUUGGGAGAUAUACAGGGCUUACUGUAGACCAAACACUAUACCUCCUUAUGAACCCACAAUGAAAAUGAGACACUUCCUCUGGAUGUUGAAAGAUUUAAAUAUGCUCAGCAAACAAUUAACUGCAACAAAAAUUGUGGAAAUACUGGCAAAGGACAAUCCUUUUGUACGCGAUAGAGAUAAUAGCAACUUACAGUAUGAGUUGGUUUUUCUUGAAUUCCUUGAAGCUCUCCUUGAAUGUGCCGUGUUGUAUGUUACCAAUGAUAUGAUUAAACAGCAAGCAGAUCGUUUAAAUAAAAAAGGAAGUAGUUACACAAUUGAAGAUUACACAGGCAGUAGUACAGGGAAUAUUCCUCCACACUCAGAAUACUCUUCAUUUCAGUCCUUUCAUAGCAGUGCUGAGAUAAGCCAUGACUCCUCUGAGACAAAUCACAUUCCUACAAGGUCUUCAAGCAAGCUGGCACAGUCACCUGAUAAUAAAAUAAAGAAACCCGAGAUUAAAUCCAAGGACUAUGCAGUAGAACACAGAACUUUCAGACAGACUGUGAAAUCUUCUGAAGAAGAGAAAGAUAAAUUAGAAAAAGCAAAAAAUGAACAGAAGGAAAAAUACAGUCUGUGGCUGAACCAGAUACACAUCUUUUUGGUCAACACGUUCUUUCCUGCCUACAAGCAUGCUCAAGUGGUGAAGGAAUGCAUAAAAGAAAAUAGGAAACGGGAUGCUGAAUUAGCCAUUCAGUUGAAAAUCAAAGAGGAAGAGGAAGAGGAAGCAAAACUCAUGGCCAGAAGGGAAGCAGAAGAGACCAAAAAACAAGAAGAAGCUGCAGCAGAUCAAGCAGAGACAGAUGAUGGACUGGUGAAAACAGAGCCAGAGGAUUCAGCUACACAGCUGCCACUUCCUCCAAAGGAAGAAGUAGUGAUCCCACCCCAGCCAAUCAUCAGUAAGGUUUCUGCAGGUGUGAAGAAAAAGAAAAAGUAAAUUAGGCUGGCUGUUGUAAUAGAGCUGUAAGUAGUCUGUACUUGUUAACCCUCUUACGGUAUUAGGUUUCCUUUGGAGGCCUAUAAAAUCUAAACAUUAUAGUGUAGAUUCUAGGAAAUGAGUGCCAUUAAAAUAAUUUGUAUUUAUUUAUAUCAGAGGGAAACUUCAUUCUCCCUAGUCUUUCUACCCACCUCCAACUACUGGUAUCCUGAGCCCCCCAUGAAAUUUAGAUGUGAUUAUAUAAAUUGAUUACCCAUAAAACUUGUGUAAACCUUUGAGCAUAUAAAGCUAUUCCAAAACAUUUUCCAUUAAAAGCUACAGGAGCUUAGCAUUUCAAGUUUGUUUGUUGGCUACCUCUUGUAACCAUAAGACCACAUAGUCUGAAUUAGGGUUGUUAGGUGUCUGGUUUUGAACCAGACUGUCAGGUAUACAAAUUGAGAAAAUACGGGACAUAUAAAUGUAUGGUAUUUUCUAAUUAAAUAAGUUUUAUUAUUAUCAUGAGUAUCAGAAUGUAGUUGUGUACUGGCAGACAUGCUCACGCUGCGUGAGUGUGUCUACCAGCUAGGCAGUACGCAUCUACACGGGGGGAGGGGGAAGGAAUGGAAUCCCGAGGGCCAGACUCGCCCGUGCGCUCUCCUGGGACCAUGCUGGGAUGGGCAGCGCCCCGGGAUCAGGGCCAGUCCACCACAUUUUGGCACCUGAGGUGGGGAGCUCAAAUGCCGCUCC